CAUUCCUAAUGAAACACAGAGCAAAUGAACGAGAGAGAGAGAGAGAGAGACCGAUAGCAGGGAGGGAGGAGAGGAGUGAGGGAGCAGACCCUAGCAGAAGGGCUAACAACAUGUGAAGAAAGCUGUUCAGGACCUGAGUAGAAAAGUUGAGAGCUCUAAGACUCUAAUUAAAAACCUGAGCAGAAGAUUUAAAAGAGUGUAAGCUACUCAACUGAGCAGUUAGGAACAAUAUUCUUUUUUAAUUUUUAUUUUCAACUUGUUUUCCUCUUACUUAUUUUGUAAGCAUCUGUAGGAUCCACCACCUUGAAGAUGUUUCUAUUUAGGCUUCAGUGACACAAUUGCAGCAGCAAGACAAUUAGGAUAUCAUUCAGCUACACUAGGCUUGCUUCAGUUUCUCUAGAAAUUUCUGGAGGUUUUGACUUGCUUUUAGAUUAGCUUUUUUUGGGUGGCAAGACCUGAGAGGGCCAAUAAGCCAUAGCAGUAUGUCGCAGGAGAACCUCACCUUUUUGGAGACUUUGGUUUAUGGCCAUGAGCCCUGCGAGAUAUGGACCAAUGGCACAGAGGGCGCCCUGUACCAGCUGGGCAACACGUUACUCCUGCUGGGGUACAUGGGCGGCAGCGGCACGUUCGGGGCGAUCUACAUCUACUGCUGCCUAGCGCCCGGGUUCCUGUGCCACGCCCUGUGGGGGUGGAUGACCGUGUGCGGGCUGGACGUGUUCUCCUGGAGCCUGCUGUUCAUCGCGCUCUGCCUGCUGCAGCUGGUGCACCUGGCCUUCCGCCUGCACCAGGACAGCUUCCCCGGGGAGGAGCUCCGCAGCCUCUACAACACCAUCUACCUGCCCCUCGACGUGCCCCUCCCCGUCUUCAAGGAGGUGGCGGGGGCCUGCGAAAACCGCGUCCUCUCCCUGGGCAUGGAGGAGACCUACGCGCUGGAGGGGAAGACGCCCAUAAACCGGCUAUCGCUCCUUCUGUCAGGCAGGAUUCGGGUAUCUCUGGAAGGCCAGUUCCUCCACUACAUCUUUCCCUAUCAAUUUCUGGACUCUCCGGAGUGGGAGUCCCUGAGGCCCACUGAAGAGGGAAAUUUUCAGGUGACUCUGACGGCGGAAACGGACUGCCGCUAUAUCUCGUGGCCGAGGCGGAAGCUGUACCUGCUCCUGGCGAAGGAGCGCUACAUCGCCCGCCUGUUCUCUGUCAUGCUGGGCAACGACAUCGCCGACAAGCUGUACUCGCUCAACGACAAGCUCUUCGCCAAAAGCGGCGUGCGCCUGGACAUCCGUCUGCCGAGUCUCUACCACGUCCUCGCCCCGUCGUCGACCAGCGACAGCGCCGCCAGCGGGACGGAGCAGAGGCACCCGGAACCCGCGCCCGCAAACCGGACGGCUCUGCCGCCGCACCAGAUGCACCCCGAGAGGAACCCGCCAAACUCCCGCGUCCCGCACCGCCAGCCCUGGCCCUCAGACAAUGAGCUGCCUUCUGGUGAGGACUCGACCAGUCUGGUCCUGGAGGACUUUGCCGAUAUGACGGGAUCCUUUAUGGAUUAUGGGAGUGAGAGGGAUUAUUUGAGAGAAUAGGUGUUGAAGCUAACACACUGGCCACUUCUUAAGCUACACGGGACAGCCCACCUAGAGGUCUGCCCACCCGUUUUCAGAGAAGCUGGGCCCCGCUGGCCCCCACAGACACGCCCAAACUGUGACUCCGGCCCCGCCCCAGCAGUGCUAGAAGCAGAGAGUCAGACCGGCCUCCCCGAAAGGUGGAGCCAAGAGUGGAACCCCCCCUCUCCCAACCACCCACUGCCACACCCACUCAUUCCCGUCAGCGCUCCUGGAUGUCAACAGACGGGGGACCGAAGGCGUAGUCAUGGGAACCUGAACACAACACCAGCACCAGCACCAGCACCAGCACCACAAUCUAAACAAGGAUUCCUCCAUUUAUUCAAUGCUUAUUCAGGCAAUAACAUGACACUUGCAUGUAUCAAUGGGAGACACAUGUGAAGGGGAAACCUGUGUGUUUGUUCAAGACAUUGUGUGUUAUGUAUGAUUCCACAUUAAUACUGGCACUCGUUUUUUUUUGUUUUUCAUUUCAUGGGGGGGGGGGGGGGCGGGGGUUUAACAAAGGAAAUUGUAAAGAAAUGUUUUGGAGAAUGUAGCCGUAACAGUAUAUAGGUUUUUGUCUGCAUGAAUCAAUGUUCAGGAAGUCUUUACAUGUAAUGACACAAUUCCACAAGUUUCAUGAAUUUUGUAUUUACACACCGUGUAUUUGUAACGCGCUGGUUAUAGAAACGCAAUAUCAGCUAGAACAUUUCAAUGUGAUCAUUUGUUCUCACAAGUGUUUUUCCACAAAGCUCUCGGAUAAAAUGACAUCAUGUCUGCGCCAUUGUUAUACAGUGCAGCCUGGUCUAAUCACCCUGACCAACUUUGUUGCCAUAUGAGAGUCCAGGGCACAGAGAGGAUGAAAAAGAAAAGUUUGCCCAAUUUAGCCCCAUUAUCCCUAAGUGUGGUGAAGUCAAUCUGAAUGUGAGAAGUCAGGAGUCAGGACAAUUUCAGGGACCAACAACAGGACAAUGUUAAGCGCUUCUGGUACAUGAAGAAAAAUAUAUUCAACAGUAUUUAUCAUUUUAAAGGCA